GAAUUUUUUUUAAAUAAUACGAAUUUUUUAUAUAAUUCCAGAAAUAGCGCGCGAUUUCAAAAAAUUCCAAAAGUGUGACCCGGUCGGUCAGCAGCUGACCGAUCGGUCACUAGUAGUCCGACUGGCAGUCGGCUGCUGCUGCUUGUCAGAGGGCAGAAGUAGUUGGUCGAUAGCUGACCAAUUGGUCAGCUACCGACCAAUUGGUCAGCUACCGACCGACCACUGCAUGGAUUUUUAGGUUUAUUAUUGGCACUUCUCCCCCAUUAUUUUCUGGCCAUAUCUUCUCCCUCUCCCGUUCACACCGCCGUGUUUCCCUCCUGCCCUUGUCGUCACCCUUCCCGCCACUUCUUCCCGCCAUUCCUUCCCGCCACCAUCUCCCGCCACCAUCUCCCGCUAUAUUUUCUCGCCACGCUCUCGGAUUUUUUCCUAUAAAAGCAGGCAUCGACACUCAUAGCAGCAGAAGUGCUACUAUCUCUCUUUUUUUUUUCUGUUGGCUCACCCUUAGCCGUCAUGAGUGUGCCGUGCUCUGACCAGGAGUUUAGGCCGGUGAAGGCGAAGGCUGCAAGUUUGCCCCCGGGUGUGACUGCGGAGCGGUGUUGGUGCGGCCGUCUUGCUAAGGUUAAGCAGGUGGAGGAUUUCUCCGACCAGUUCGGCAUGAAAUUUUUUAUGUGUGCGAGCUAUGAGCAUGUUCCACCCCGUAGUUCAGCUUCGUCGUCCACCAGGCCGCCGUCUCCCCCGCCCCUAUGCAAAUGGUUUCACUGGAUAGACACGGAGCAGCCAGAUUGGGCGCGCCAGGAGGUUGAGGAGAAACACCGGCGUGCGUGGGCAACGUUCUUUGAGGAGGAGCGUAGAGAAAAGGUUCGUGCAAAUGAAAAGGCAGAGCGAGAGAGGCAGAUACAGAAACUAAGGGCGGAACAAGCUCGUAAUCGCGAGGUGAAUCAGAAGAGGAUGGAUGAUGAGGCUGCACGUAGGUUUGCAGAGGAAGAUGUGCGUAAGGAGGCUCGUGAAGCGGAGAGAAAGAGACUAAGGGAAAGAGCUGCUGAGGCGCAAGUGGCAGAAGAACGCGGCGACAAGUCUGGAAAAUGGCCACGGUGGACGCAGGGAAAGUAGAGUGAUGUGACCUACUGGCUAUGUAUCUUAAUUUCAGUUAUAGUUUGUCGUUGUAUCUUAAAUUCUGUUGUAGUGAUAAGCCGUAUUUUAAAUUCAGCUGCAAUGUAUCUUAAUUUCAGUUUUAGUACUAAUGUGAAAUGAAUUUGCCGCAAAAA